AUGGCGCCUCUGUGCUGCGCUCACUGAGCCAGUGUUUGGAGCCGGUCAGGGAGAACCAGUGAGGGCAAGACAAAAGAAAACAGAAAACAUGGUGAACACCAGAAAGAGCCCCCGGACGGGCAGCGGGCCCUUCAUCUCCUCCAGGACCCGCUCGUCGUCGAGACCCCUGCGGAGCUCCGAGGAUCAUAAGGAGCCCAGUAGUGAUGUGAGCAGUCCCAGUAGCCCCCAGCUGGCUCCCCCUUCCAAACGCACGCGGCGGCAGACGGCCUCUGAGCCCAGCUCCAGUGAUACCUCCCCAUCCCCGCAGACCAAGGGCCAGAGGGUCAGCUGGGAAAUCCCUACCUACCGCACCAGGCUGUCCUCUCGUAUAAUGCAGAACGGGCAUGCGCAUGUGAGUCACCGGAAUAAUGAGAGCGGAGCUGGAGAUCACUCUCGUAUGAAUGGCCAUGUGGAGCUAAAGAGGAGCUGCCGAGUGAAGAAAAGCCAAUUUGAACACCUCAAUCAGAGCCGGCUAUUCGAUCAGCUAGUCAACAGCACUGCUGAGGCUGUCCUUCAGGAGAUGGACAACUUCAGCAGCAUCAGGCAGAACCGUGAGGUGGAGCGUCUUCGCAUGUGGACUGGAGACACCGUGGAGGAAAACCUGGACAUGUAUUCCCGGGUGAAGCGCAGGAAAUCCAUGCGCAGGAGCGCUUUCAACUUGCCAGCACACCACAAAGCCCUGAGCAAAACAGAGCAGGAAGAGGAGGAAGGGACGGAAGAAUCUCACGAGGAAGAGGAGGAAGAUGUAGAGGACCACGAUGAAGACGAUGAAGGGGAUGAAGCAGAAGAGGCAGGAGAGGAAAAUGGCAGACCAUACAAUCUGAGGCAGCGAAAGACAGUGCAGAGAUACGAGGCACCACCUAUUGAGCCUGUGAACAGAAAACAGAGCAACCCCUCACUUUUUGACACCCACAGAUCCCCAGCACGAAGAAGCCAUAUAAGAGUGAAGAAACAUGCCAUUCACAGCAGUGACACCACCUCGUCAUCUGAUGAAGAGCGGUUUGAGCGGCGAAAAAGCAAAAGCAUGUGCCGGGCCAGAAACAGAUGUUUGCCCAUGAACUUGAAUUCAGAAGACCUUGCAAGCGGGGUUUUGCGCGAUAGGGGGAAAGUGGGUGCCAGCUUGGCUGAUGUGGAUCCCAUGAACCUGGAUAGCUCUGUGAAAUUUGACAAAGUGGGAGGCCUCAGCAAUCACAUUCAGUCACUGAAAGAGAUGGUAGUGUUCCCGCUUCUUUACCCUGAGGUCUUUGAGAAAUUCAAGAUUCAGCCUCCCAGAGGAUGUUUGUUCUACGGCCCACCAGGGACAGGAAAGACCCUGGUUGCGCGGGCACUUGCCAACGAGUGUAGCCAGGGAGACAAGAAGGUUUCCUUCUUCAUGAGGAAGGGAGCCGACUGCCUCAGCAAGUGGGUCGGCGAAUCAGAACGCCAGCUUCGCCUGCUCUUUGAUCAGGCGUACUUGAUGAGGCCAUCCAUUAUUUUCUUCGAUGAGAUUGAUGGUUUGGCUCCCGUUCGCUCCAGCAGGCAAGAUCAGAUACACAGUUCUAUUGUGUCCACUCUGCUGGCCUUGAUGGAUGGCUUGGACAGUCGUGGGGAGAUAGUGGUCAUUGGUGCUACAAACAGACUUGACUCUAUCGACCCGGCACUCAGGAGGCCUGGACGCUUUGACCGGGAGUUUCAGUUCAACCUGCCCGACAAGAAGGCCAGAAAGCAAAUCUUGGAGAUUCACACUAAGGACUGGAAUCCCAAAUUGGCUGAGCCAUUUGUAGAUGAACUUGCAGAAAAAUGUGUCGGCUACUGUGGUGCUGACAUCAAAGCACUUUGCACAGAGGCAACCUUGAUGGCGCUGCGGCGACGCUACCCCCAGAUCUACGGCAGCAGCGUCAAACUGAAGCUAGAUGUGACAUCCAUCGUCCUGGGGCCUGGCGACUUCAGCAAGGCCAUAAGUACAAUCGUCCCAGCCUCCCAGAGAGCCAUGGCUCCCCCUGGCCGAGCCCUGUCCCCCACCCUCAGGCCCCUUCUUGCAAGCUCUUUCUCUUUGGUGCUGAACGCUCUGCUCCGAGUCUUCCCCCACGCUCAGUGUGCUGACAGGGACAACACACAGGGCGGCGACAAUCAACUGCUAGAAGAGGACUUGUACAGCGACGAUGAGGUAGGCUCUACUUCCAUCUAUGAAGUCGAGCCUGCUGCCUCCCCAAAGAGUGGUCUCUCUUCUGCAAUGCACAGACCCUUCAUCCAUUUCUCCACCUCCGCCCUCCAACAGCCCACAGCAUACCGGCCUCGUCUGUUGUUGACGGGGGCCUCAGGCUCGGGACAGAGCUCCAACUUGGCCCCUGCGUUGUUGCACCAUCUGGACAAGCUGCCAGUGCAUCGGCUGGACUUACCCACUCUCUACUCUGUCAGUGCUAAGACACCAGAAGAGUCCUGUGCUCAGGUAUUUCGUGAGGCCUGCCGCAGCGUACCCAGUGUUGUCUUCAUGCCACAUAUCUCUGAAUGGUGGGAGGCCGUGGGUGACACUGUGAAGAGCACCUUCCUCACCCUGCUGCAGGAUAUGCCCUCCUUCAGCCCUAUCCUUAUCCUCGCCACUGCGGAGACUCACUACUCACAGCUGUCAGAAGAGGUGAGAAGUUUGUUCCAGAGGACCUACGGUGAGGUAGUAACACUGUGCCCUCCAGGAGAAGAAGAGAGGAGGAGCUUCUUCUCUAACUUGCUGCUGGUCCAAGCGGCCCGGGCUCCACCACGCCUCAGGAACACAGAGCGGUGUGAAGAGCUACUGCCAGUGGCCGACCCUCCAGGCCCCCGAGUGCUGUCAGCAGAGGAACAGCGCCGUCUGGCUGACCAGGAGGAGAACACAUUACGGGAGCUCAGGCUCUUUCUCAGGGAUGUGACCAAACGCUUGGCCGUUGACAAACGUUUUAACAUCUUCAGCAAGCCAGUUGACAUUGAUGAGGUGUCAGACUACCUUGAAGUGAUUCGGCAGCCCAUGGACCUGUCUACUGUCAUGACCAAGAUUGACACCCAUAAGUACCUGACAGUGAAAGAGUUCCUGCUGGAUAUUGACCUCAUCUCCAGUAACGCUUUAGAAUACAAUCCUGACAAAGACCCUGCAGACAAGGUGAUCAGGCACCGAGCGUGCAGUUUAAAGGACUCUGCCCACGCUAUAUUUGCCGCUGAGCUCGACCCCGAGUUUGAUCGCAUGUGUGAAGAGAUCAAGGAAGUGCGCAGGAAGAAAGACCUCCAGACGCCAACUCCGCAGACGGCAGCUCCGGGCGCUGUGGCAACCAGAAAGCACCACGCUACAGGAGAGGAGCCGGCCAGGAGCAGCACUCAGGGCGAGGCCACUGACAAGCAGUGCACCAAUAAUCAUAUAAAGCGAAAGGUUCGCCGGCGGCCUUCUUGGGGGCGGGGCAUCAUCCGUAAAAAGAAGAACUACAAGAAAGGAAUGGAAGAGGAUGAGGAUGAGCCCGAGGCAGAAGUGGAAGCUGCAGGACCCAGUGAUUCAUUUUUGACGCCGGAUGAGGAAUCGUCUUGCGAUACCUCAGGUCCCCAACCCAAUGGCCACCAUCACCAUGCCCCCUCCACUGAGGAGGAGAGCUCCAGUGAGCCACUUGUUGUGGUUCCUGCUGAACCUCCAGAUGACAAUGAAGCUAGAGAGGAACCAACACCUAAGGAGGAGGAGACCACAGCCAACGAGGGCGAGUCUGAGAACAUGGAGAAGGACACUGAGCUGUAUUGCGUUGAUGACAGUUCUCACCCCAAGGCAGACGGGGAUAGCCAGGCCAAGCGGGUUGAGCUCCAUCCUCUGGCUGAAACAUCUGAGACCUCAGAUGCUGAGGCCCAGUCCAAGCACAUAGAGGAUGUCCUAGUAGCACAAGUGGACUGUGUGAAUGGAAACGUGUCAAUGGACAGUCUGGACUUGCAGAGCCCCAAGAGCAGCAGUGAAGGCUCUAAUGAGCCAGAGCAGGAAGAGCACAAAGACAAACAUGAGAGCCAUCCAACUCAGGAGCCCCCCCACCAGGAUUGGAGGGCCGUUACUGAGAGUGCUGACGAAGAUCAAGACAUAGAAGGAGGUUCCAAAGUAAGGAAAUACAAGAGAAGCCCAUCAGAGCAGCUGAAAGAAUCUGUUGAAACGCCGGAGGAGGAGCCACAACCAGUCCCUCCGGUUGUGGUUGACCACCAGCAACUUACGGUGCUACUGGAUAUGGUGGUGAAGAAGAGCACUGGCUACAGCGUAGAGCAGCUGGAGAGACUGUACUCCGUUCUCAGCCAGUGUAUCUACAAGUACCGCAGAGAGUACGACAAGACCCAGCUACUGGAGGAAAUGGAGGAGGGAAUCCAGCAUUUUGAUACAUUCCUGUGACCUGGAGAAACUGUACCCCUCAGGUAGAUCCUGAACAAGCCUGGGACCACAAACACACAAACACAAACUUGAAUGAGGGAACGUGAAGGAGUCCAGCCCUCGACACGAAAAAACUAACACAGAAAAAAAUCCAGCACCCUUCUUUUGGCAAGGAGGGAGGACGAGGUUGAAGAUGGAGACAUUCAAUGGUGCUAUCGUCUCAGGAACCUGGCCAGAUCCAGACUUAUUCUACACAACCAAACUCCUGGAGGUGUGUCAGCCACACAUCACAUGCACACACACUAACGGGGACGGGCAACUCUGGUGCUACUCGGGUGCUAUCCCAACUUUUAUCCAUGCUGCUCUUGGGAUUACUUCUUAACUUGGAUGACUAGCAAAACCAACAGAUCGGGUGAUGUCAUAUCACAACCUGGCCGCUUUCUCUCCGGAGCAAGCCGUGCAUACACUCUUGCACACACACACACAGUGACGAUUGGGUAUGUAUGCAUUUCUACAAAUUCACACCAGAAAUGUGUACACACAGACACACACACUUUUAGAUCCUCACCAGCAGAGGUGUGAAUGCAAAGUGCCGCAAAACUGGGUGGGGGGGGGCAGAGCCCAUCUCGCCCAUAAGUGCAGUGGCCCCUCAUCACCGGCCAGUUUUCACCACGAUAUCACCCGACUUGUCUUUUUUUUUUAUAUCUGCCAUUUUAGUUACUUGAUAAGUUGAAUAUCUGAGCCACCGUCGAGGACACUCAACCUGAACUGGAGUUUACAGAGAACUUUUUAAGUGCGAACACAAACUCGCUGAGGUCAGCACAGCGGGACGAGGAGCGAUUACCUCCUCUUCAGCAGUCAUCAGGUGUGGAAAGCUGUUAGCCCCCCCCCCUCUCCUCCCCUCCUUCCCUGUGUUUCUUUUUUUCUUUCUCAAGAGCUGUAAAAUCCACCUCACUCCACACGUUUGCUCACAGACGGCCUCUGUCCUUCACCGUCUCAGCAGAUUGUCGUGUCCUAAAUAGUUUGUUCGCUAGAU